GUCGGGGUGCUCCGUGCGACCGGCGUUCUUCCCGAUGAGCUGUGGACUGUCAUCUUCGGCUAUGCAACCUUCUACAUCUUUCUUCUCGUUUGGCAGAAGAUUCGGGACUUUGUCCAACGACCACAGAUCGUUUUUCUGGACAAGCUUUGCAUCGAUCAGCACGACGAGAGGUUGAAGGAGCAGGGUAUCAUGGGCCUCGCCGGUUUCUUGGACAACACGAAGAAGCUGACCGUUCUCUGGUCGCCUCAGUACUUCAGUCGGCUUUGGUGUACCUAUGAGUUGGCGACAUUCCUGCGAAAUCCGGAUCAGCACAAGCCUCUGGAGGUAAUGCCAGUUGGCAUGUGCUACCUGCUUUUCCUCAUGGCAUUCUGCUGGCGGGUCCUCCUGUUCGCCUACUACUUCUUGAUCGCGAGCCCUGGGAUCCUUGGCCCCCAGGCUGCGACCUCCCUGCGCCAAAUCUUCCCGGUGCUCGUGAUCGUGAUCCUGCCCAUGCACUUCUACAAGGGACUCAGCCUCAUGAAGCACAUCCGAAUGCUGCCGCAGCAGCUUCAGACGUUUCGGGUGCAGGAGGCCCAGUGCUUCUGCUGCAGCAACGACCAUCGUCAUCCGGAGUCUCAAAAACCCCUUCCCUGCGAUCGCCUGCUGGUCUUCAACACUCUGAGGCAGUGGUAUGGGGAAGUGGAUGAGGAUCCCGAGGGGCACUUGGAGACUUUCAACGCGAUGGUGCGCGACGUGAUGUCAAACAAGAUGAUGAAGGCGGCUUGCGGCGAAACGCUUCCCUUCCACUACGCCUUGAACAUGGUGGUGACUGCAAACAUCCCUUGGCUGACGGAAUACGUCGCCAAGUUAGGGGCCGGGCCUCCGAUCCCCUUGGAGGGGCUUGGGCUCCUGGUUUGGAGCCUGCGGACCUUCAUGGACUGGGCGCAGAUGUGCCUGAUGAUGCUCUGCGCCAUGCGCUGCAGCGUGUGGCUUUGGUGCCGAGGCGUCUCAUUGUUGGAGCGCCUGCCAAAGCUCUUGGUGGUGCUGCUCCUGAUCCCGGUGCAG